AUGAAAAAUGAAUAUUCUUCGAGAACGAAUCCGACGUUUGUAAUAUACCCAUCUUGGCAAGCAUUUGGAACAAAUAAAUUGGUUACCCGAGGAGAUGGCAGUACGAUAUCAAAUACACCCUAUUCUGUACGGCUGGCUCAUCAAACGGUCUAUUUUUGGCCAACUUUCACUAGUUUGGAACAGCAAGUUCUUCGUAAUGCAUUCCAACAAAUCGCACGUUGGACAUGCGUUAAUUUUGAGGAAAAAGUAUAUGUUCCAUGGUAUCAUGGUGAUCGGUGGAUAGAAGGAAAAUCAUAUGUGAUAAUACGAAAAAGUAACAAUUAUAUGGCUUACACAGAUAAUAAAAUUGAAAAUGUAGCAAUCCGAAGCAUAUUGUACAUCACAGAUAGAGCUCUAAAUUAUCCAGUUUUCAACCAGUCUCGUGGUAUGAUCAUUGAUCAACUUCUGCGAUUUCUUGGCUUUCGUCCUGAGCACUUACGUCCAGAUGCAUCUUCUUACAUACAGCCUGUUGGGAAGCUAACAGAUUCGCCAAGGCCAGACUUCCUCCAAGCUCAGUUACAAUGGCCAUUUGAUCCAGAAAGUGUAUCAAUUCCAACCGAUGCUGUGAAAUGGUACGAACUAAGUAUUUACUGUCCUGCUCGAAGUAACAAUAAUAUUGGAGCUGGACAACGAGCCGGUUUACUCACGAAAUGGGAUGCCAUUAAGCUGAACAGUAUGUUUUGUCCACAUAUGGUGAAACAUGUUGAUCCAAGAUAUGGCCCUUGUGUCGUUCCAAGACUUUAA